CCGGCGGACAGGGCUCGCAAUCUGAAGCAAUUCAUCCAAAAGGUGACGUCCAAUGAGAAGGUGAUUGAGGAGCAGCAGCGCUGGCAACUGGAGUUCGACAAGAAUCUGGUGCGCGUGAAGGGCCGAGUGUUGCCGUGCGAGCGCAUCAUUAUGCAGGGCGACACUCCCGACACCGGCGCCCAAUUCGAGCAAAAGUCGGGUGACUUCGGGCGCCAGAUCCGCUCCAAGAGGCUCUUCAAGGGCCUGUCAGUCAAUAAGUGGCACAUCAUCUACACGAAGAGGGAUGAGGGCCUACUCCAAGAGUUUCUGAACGGCUUGAAGAAGGUGUCGACGCCCUUAGGGGUGAAUCUAUUGCGCCCGUCGCAGGAGUGUCUACCCGACGACCGGAUCGGUACGUUCGUGAGGGCGUGCCAGCAGACGGUGGCGCCCAUGGAGCUGGUGGUCUGCAUAGUGCCGAACAAUAAUAAGGAGAGGUAUGACGCCAUCAAGAAGAUCCACUACUGCGAGAACCCGAUGUCCUCGCAGGUGGUGGUCGGCAAGACGUUGACCAAAAAGCAGGGUCUGCUGUCGGUGUGCACCAAAGUGGUCAUCCAAAUGGCCACGAAGUUGGGCGCCGAGCCCUGGGUUCUCAAGAUUCCGCCGAAGAGCAUAAUGAUUGUCGGAUACGACACAUACCACGACUCGUCCCAAAAGGGCCGCUCCGUCGGCGCCUUCGUGUGCAGUAUGAAUGAGCACAUGAGCUCCUGGUUCUCGAGGGUCGCCUACCACGACACCAGCGAGGAGAUGUCGGCCAACUUUGCCAUCAAUAUUCAGGAGGGCAUUAAGCGCUACUUCGAGGUGAACCGUCAAUUCCCGAAGCGAGUGCUGAUCUACAGGGACGGCGUGGGCGACGGUAUGAUUCAACACGUGUUUGAGUACGAGCUGAAGGCCGUGCAGUCGGGCCUCAAGAAGAUGUACCCGGAGGGCGAGAUACCACAACUCGCGUUCGUGAUCGUCACCAAACGAGUGAACGCCCGCUUCUUCACCCAAGAGGGCAACACUCCGCCCGACAAUCCCAUUCCCGGCACUAUAGUGGACACUACGGUGACGCGCGCCUGUCGUUACGACUUCUAUCUG